AAAUUCUGAAGCUCUGUCAUUUUCCGACGACGGCGAUGGCGUCAGCUUCCAAGAACAGUCAGCAAAACCCUUCCUCCUCGAAACCACCAAGGCCUCCAACAUCUUCCUCCGCCGCUGCAUCUUCCACCGCCGUGGCUUCCACCUCAUCCGAACCCCAAAUUCGGAACCCUAACCCUAACACAAACGUCUUACCAUCGACUUCCGAUUCACCGAUCGUGAUGUCUCAAGAGGAUGAAAUCUUCACACGCUCGAGUCACCUAACCCGCCCGGAGCUUCUCCGACGCCGAUCGCACAACCUUAAGCAGCUCGCCAAGUGUUACAGAGACCACUAUUGGGCUUUAAUGGAGGAUCUCAAGGGGCAACACAGGGAUUACUGGUGGAAGUAUGGGAGUAGUCCGUUCAAAGACGAGCAUAACCAAUCGAAUAAGAGACGGAGGAUUGGUCAAGAGGGAGAUGGUGGUGAUGCUGUUGAAGGUAGUGGAGACAAUGGUACUAACAAUGAUGGUGGUAAGACUGAUCAGUAUGCGAAUAGUAAUUGUGGGAGUUGUAUGUAUGGUUGCAAAGCUAAAGCUAUGGCGCUUACCAAGUAUUGUCAACUUCAUAUUCUCAAGGAUAGUAAGCAGAAGCUCUACACGGGUUGUACUAACGUUAUAAAACGAGCUCCAGCAGGACCAUUACUUUGUGGAAAACCAACACUUGCGUCGACUGUACCUGCACUGUGCAAUAUGCACUUCCAGAAAUCCCAAAAGCUUGUUAGUAAAGCUCUAAAGGAUGCUGGUCACAAUACCUCUUCAACAAGCAAGCCUCCUCCAAAGCUCCAUGUUAUAGUAGCUGCAUUUGUGCAUCAUAUUCAAGCAAAAAGAAAAAAUCCACAGAAGGAGGGUAAGCUUAAAAGUGUUGUAAAAGAAGAAAAUAUAAGCUGAGUCAAGCUCUUAGCGAAGUAAUUUUUUGUGUAUCACGACGUUUUCCAGAAAUGAAAAAGGUGAGAGGAUCCUUGCCUAGUAGUAUAUCAUCAUUCUAAGAAGUGACAGGAAACUAUAUAUGUUGCGCUCUGAUUCUUCGACAGAGUUUGAUACAGUGUAGGUAUUGGAUGUGGUUUUAAUCUGCACACCGAGCUAUUACAACAAGAUUUGUUACAGUGUACUGUAGCCUGUAGGGUAUAGUACUAGCUAAGAUAGUGGUAGUUUAUUCUAUUGAGAUGAAGUUUCUACUCUUUUGAUAGGCUUAAUAAGAUGAUAUUUAGUUCCAUAA